UGUCGUGUUGUGAUCGUAAAUUCAAAGUGUUAGCUUACCUAAAUUCUGUGAUUUCCAUUUAUUCGAAAUAUUUAGGGUUAGAACUGAACAGGAUUUUUUUACAAAGAAUCAUGAUGGACUCAGAUGCUUUCUUUGUUGAGUUACCGAAAGUAGAGUUGCAUGCUCAUUUGAAUGGUUCUUUGAGUUCAGCUACUAUGUUGCAACUAAAACGAUAUCAUGCCGAUUGCGGAAUCGAAGAUAAAACGAAUGCUUUCUUUGACGAAUUUCAAAUUGGUGCUGGAGACACAAGAAGUCUUUCAGACUGUUUCCAAGUGUUCAGCAUUGCCCACUCUCUGACCAGCACUCCGGAAACCCUUGCUCUGGCUACCAGACUGACACUCCAAGAGUUUCAAGAUGAUGGCUGUUGUUAUUUGGAACUCCGAAGCACACCACGAGACACUCCAUACAUGACUAAGUCACAUUAUAUUGAAACUAUAAUUAAGGCUAUUCGUAAAUCGUCAGUACAUCUCUCAAUGAUCACGAAGCUAAUUAUAUCAAUAAACAGAAACCAGCCAUUAGAAGAAGCUGAUGAAAUAGCCAAACUGGCAAUUGAGUGUUUCAAAAAGUACCCAGAAAAUGUUGUUGGUAUUGAGUUGAGUGGCGAUCCAAUGGCGGGAAAAUUUGAAAGUUUCGUUCCUGCAUUGACAAAAGCUAGAGAUGCUGGAUUAAAAGUAACAUUACAUUGUGGUGAGGUUUGCAACCCGAAGGAAGUUCUGGAAAUGCUCAAAUUUAAACCAGAUAGAAUUGGCCAUGGAGUUUGUAUUCAUCCAAAAUAUGGUGGCACUGACGAAACUUGGACAACUCUUUGUAAAUUGAAAAUACCAGUUGAGGUCUGUCUUACAAGUAAUGUGAACACCAAAUCAACACCAGAUUACGAUUCUCAUCAUUUUCAAUAUCUACAUGAAGCUGAAAUACCGAUUAUUUUAUGUACGGACGACAAAGGCGUAUUUGCGACAUCUCUCUCCCGUGAAUAUCAAAUAUGUGUCAAGACCUUUGCCAUGACUUAUUCACAAGCUGCGAGACUAUCCUUGAACGCUUGUCAAUAUGUAUUUGCUGAUAAUACUCGAAAAAUGCUCAACGAUAAAAUUCUUAAUUUUAUUGAGAAACAUUCCUUGUAAUGUUACUUAUAUUAUGUAUGAAAAUACAGGGUAUUGAAUAAGUA